AUGGAUGACGGAUUUGGGAAUAAUUCAAACUUCUUUCAAGGAGCCAAGGAUAUCGCCUACGAGGCCAAGAGGCAAGGCAGGAUGCAAGACUCUUACACACGGUAUGAAGGUGGUGGGGAGCAUGCCUCUCAGGAUGGGGGAUAUUACCAGGGUGAUGAGCCCCAUGCACAGGAAGAUGCUGACAGUGAUGCCACGGAAGGGCAUGAUGAAGACGAUGAAAUCUACGAGGGGGAGUACCAGGGGAUCCCACACCCUGAUGAUAUUAAAGCCAAUCGGAUGGCAGCAACUCAACCCAUUCCUGAUGAAUACAGGGACCAAGCAGAUCUCAUUGCUGAACGUAUGAAGGAUGAGGAGCAGCUGGCACAUCAGUAUGAGUCAAUCAUUGAGGAGUGUGGACAUGGACGCUUUCAGUGGACACUCUUCUUUAUCUUGGGAUUAGCGCUGAUGGCUGAUGGAGUAGAAGUGUUUGUGGUAGGCUUUGUACUUCCCGUGGCCGAAAGGGACAUGUGCAUGUCAAAUUCCAACAAAGGAAUGCUAGGCUUGAUAGUAUAUUUGGGGAUGAUGGUAGGAGCCUUCAUCUGGGGCGGUCUGGCAGACAAAAUGGGCAGAAGAUAUUGUCUGAUCAUUGCCCUCAGCAUCAAUGGAGUCUUUAUCAUCUUCUCAUCGUUUGUCCAGGGCUAUGGCAUGUUCCUGUUCUGCCGACUACUUUCAGGAGCUGGUAUCGGUGGCUCCAUUCCCAUCGUCUUCUCCUAUUUCUCCGAAUUCUUGUCUCGUGAAAAACGAGGGGAACAUCUCAGCUGGCUCUGCAUGUUCUGGAUGGUUGGUGGGGUUUAUGCAUCGAUAAUGGCCUGGAGUGUCAUCCCACAUUACGGCUGGGGUUUCAGCAUGGGCACAUCCUUUCAGUUCCACAGCUGGCGCUUAUUUGUCGUAGUGUGUGCCCUGCCAAGUCUCUCUUCCCUAAUUGGCCUCCUGUUCAUGCCAGAAAGCCCACGCUACUUACUAGAGAUUGGGAAGCAUGAUGAAGCCUGGAUGAUUCUAAAACAGAUUUACGAUACAAACAUGAGGGCCAGAGGACACCCUGAAGCUGUCUUCACGGUUUCCCAUAUAAAAACCCCAAUACAAAUGGAUGAAUUCAUCGAGAUUCAGAGCUCAACUGGAACUUGGUUCCAGCGUUGGUUGGUCAGGAUCAUGACUGUUGUGAAGCAGGUUUGGCAGAACAUGUUGCUUUGUUUUACACCCAAGUACAGGAUGACGACUCUGUUCCUGGCAGUGGUUUGGUUCACCUUGUCCUUCAGCUACUAUGGACUGACAGUGUGGUUCCCGGACAUGAUCAAGUACUUUCAAAAUGAAGAGUAUGAAUCCAAAAUGAAGACAUUUCAUCAGGAGCGAGUUGAAGACUUCACAUUUAACUUCACACUGGAGAAUCAGUUUCAUACAGAGGGAGAAUACAUCAAUGUCAGAUUCAUUGGGAUUAAAUUCAAAUCUGUGACCUUUGAAGAUUCCCUGUUUGAGGAAUGCUACUUUGAAGAUAUCACAUCAACAAACACUUACUUCAAGAACUGCACUUUUACAGCGACUAUCUUUUAUAACACAGAUCUCUUCAAGACAAGAUUUGCUCACAGCAGGUUUAUAAAUAGCACUUUCCUCCACAAUAAGGAAGGCUGCCAGAUUGACUUCAGUGAUGAUGCUGAAACUGCCUUUCUUACUUACUUGGUCAGUUUCCUGGGGUCCUUGGCUGUGUUGCCGGGAAACAUUGUGUCCGCACUGUUUAUGGACAAGUUUGGAAGGAUUAAGAUGAUUGGAGGAUCCAUGCUGUUGUCGACCAUCACCUGCUUCUUCCUGUUUUUCGGCAAUAGCGAGUCAGCCAUGAUUGGAAUGCAGUGUCUGUUCUGUGGGGUCAGUAUAGCUGCGUGGAAUGCACUGGAUGUGAUCACAGUGGAACUCUAUUCCACAGAUAAAAGGGCAACUGCAUUUGGUAUUCUGAAUGGACUGUCCAAGUUUGCUGCAAUACUGGGCAUAUCAAUAUUUGCCUCAUUUGUGGAGAUAACUAAGGUGAUUCCUAUCCUGUUGGCUUCCAUUGCAUUAGUAGCAGGUGCCCUGCUUGGUCUCCGACUUCCUGAGACUCGGGACCAAGUUCUGAUGUGAUGGGCCCUCCAAACUCUUCUGGACUCACAGUAUAUGCACAGCUGCUAACCACUGUCCUUAUAGCCUAAAGCAUCCACUCUACCAUCUGUGCUUUCUGUGACUGGACAUACUUGUGCUCUCUGUACACUCAAAAUGGUUUCACAAAACUAGUUACCACGUAUUUACAGAAGUUGUCCUGUACACCUACCCCAUAAGGCUGAGAUGGGGAAGAUCGGAAACCAUCGGAAGUGUUUUCAUUGUUGACUGUUGUGCACUUCAAAUUUCACGGUAACCUGUUGUUGUGGCUCUUUUCUCCUUUGCUAAUCAUACAUACUUUCCCUGUAAUUGGAUUUUCCCUUUUAAAGGAUAAGCUUUUGGAUACCAA